CGCUGCGUGUGCGCGCGCGCACCUACAUCGUGUGUAGUAUGAGUGUGAAUUUUACGUAAAUUUUGUGAUAUGUGUUGUGAUUUGUGAUGAAAAGUUAACAUGAUGAAGUUAAUUUUGUACAUUGGUUUAUGCGGGUUAUUUACGAAGUCUGUGAAUACUCAUACAGAUGAAUACGAUAUUCUACUAGAUAUAUUAAAUGAAGACUACGUGUCUGAACUAGAUGCCUAUAAGUCAUGGACGCAAGAAACAGAAACAGAGGACGGUGAAAUAAGUUACAAACUAAAACCAGACAACGAUAUCUCGAUACCUCUGAAUGCACUAAGAACACCUAUAACACAGCUCAAUACUCCUAUAGUACUCCAUUUAGUGAUCAAAUUCGAUACAACGAAACCAUCAUGCUUGUUCUCAAUUGUGACAAACGGAGUCGUCAAUUUAGGCAUAUGUUUUUCCGUCAUUGGCGAUGAUUUGGGAGAAAUGAAUUUACAUAGCAAUAUAUUCCCAGACCAAUCUAAGAUUAUUUAUUUCACGUUGAACCCAGAUGAUGAAUGGCGAGAUGUUAUUGUUUCAAUCGAUAAGAAAAUUAAGUUAUACCUGAAUUGUAAAGAAGAAGCUGCAGAGGAAGGUGUGGAUAUAAAGAAUAUUAAAUUCACUCCUGAUUCCAAAUUCAAUUUUGGAAAGUUCGACCCAAAUGAUGACUAUUAUUUCGAGGGUUCAAUAAAACGGAUGAAAAUAUACUCCGGCGGUAAAGGAAUCGAAGAUAUUUGCACGGAUAAUAUCACACUACCAUUUAGCACUGACAAUGAUUCGGGCACCAUUAACAAUGAUAACCCAAAAGCAGAUUUUCUUAAACGAACCUUUACAGAUUUAUCAACGGAUGAUUAUGAUGAAGAUACACAAGACAAACCUAUGAAAUUGGAAGAGGUACAAAAAAGCGAAAAGGGCGAAAAAGGUGAUAAGGGUGAUCCCGGGAACUCUGUAAGUGGACCACAGGGACCUCAAGGACCGCCCGGUAUUCAAGGCCCCAAAGGAUUUAGCGGAGAAAAAGGAGACCGGGGUGAUUGUAAAUGCUCAAAAGACGUAGUAUCAGAACUACUACGUGGCAUGCCCGAAAUGCGUGGGCCGCCUGGAGAGCCUGGACCACGUGGGGAGGACGGCGAUGUUGGAUUAUCCGGUAAGACGGGUCCACCGGGACCACAAGGGGAAAGAGGACCAAUCGGUCUGAAAGGCGAUCCCGGAGAUAGAGGUGAUGAUGGAAUACCAGGCAAAGAUGGUAGAGAUGGUUCUAAAGGCGAACCCGGUAAUGAUGGGGCAAAAGGACAUGCUGGUCCUCCAGGACCAAUGGGACCGCAAGGACCACCUGGACCACCUGGAACUGUGGUAUAUAAGGAAAUAGAAGAGACAAAAGAGCCGAUCAUAGGUGAGAAAGGUGACACAGGACCAAUGGGACCUCCGGGGAUACCGGGGAAAGAUGGGGAAAAGGGGGAAAAAGGUGAUCGUGGUGAUCAGGGCAUAAAGGGGGAAAAGGGAGAAGUUAUCACACAAGUAAUUACUCAUAAGGGUCUAGACGGUGCUCCAGGUCCCAGAGGAGAAAAAGGCGAUACAGGAGCACCUGGAAUUAACGCUUUACCUGGAAUUCCGGGAUCACAUGGACAUCCCGGGGAAAAGGGAGAACGAGGUGAAAAGGGUGAUAAAGGUGACCUAGGACCUCCAGGAUUACCAGCGAAGCUUUCAUCCAUAUUGUAUACAGAUAUGGAUCUUGAAGAAAAUGCCGCUGUAAUAGAAACGCUCAGGGGCUUUAAAGGUGAUAUAGGUGCGACAGGACCCAAGGGUGACAAAGGCGAACAAGGCUUGAUAGGACCUGUAGGUCCACCAGGUAAAGAUGGAACUCACGGAAGACACGGUGAAAGAGGACACCGAGGAGAAAAGGGAGACAUAGGGCCUGAGGGACCCAAAGGGGAGAGGGGGGAACCGGGAUAUGCUGGCAAUGCGACUGAAUCGCAAAAGGGCUCAAAAGGAGAUCGUGGUAUUCCCGGUAAAGUUGGGCAACGUGGACCAACGGGUAAACCGGGCCCCCGGGGUCCGCCGGGCCCUAAAGGAUCAAAGGGUGAUGCAGGACCACCUGGUAUCAUGGGCGCUCCAGGACAAAAGGGAAAUAACGGCACCGCAGGAAUAAAAGGGGAAAAAGGUGAAAUGCCUUUAAUAGACUACAAAAAGCUAAAAGGUGACCGUGGUGAACCCGGUCCUCCAGGAGAAUCUGGUAAAGCUGGUACUUGUUCUUGCGAAGAUUCCAACUUUGUAUUAAGACCAGGGCCCCCAGGGCCUCCGGGACCUCCAGGGCCUCCAGGUGUAUCCAUUAUAGGGCCCAAAGGAGAACCUGGACUGCAAUUUUCCAUAGAUGCUUCUAGUGAAUUUAAAAGUAAUUCAGUUUUAGGAAGCAUAUCCGAAGAAGACGACGACGUGUAUACAGCAGCUACGAUUAUAUUCAAAUCUAGUACAGCUUUAAUUAGGAGAACAACUAAAACUCCACUGGGAACUCUAGCGUAUAUUUUGCAAGAAAAUGUCCUAUUAUUGCGUGUAGAGCGAGGCUGGCAACAUGUGGAGGUAGGAUCCAUGUAUUCCCCACAAAACACAUACAAACAAGCAAGCACAACAUACAGGCCGAUGCACCCGCGUUCGCCUACCGCGGCUUUGAAAGAUAGAUCUUUUCUAGCUGAAGGUUCAUAUAUUCGUAUAGCGGCUCUAAACGACCCGUAUCCCGGGAACAUGAUGACGUCAACUAACCGAACAGGAAGGAACGCGAUGAACCAGGCUUGCUACCAACAGUCGAGAACGCGGAACGGGUCUAGUAAUUUCGUAGCUUUCUUGGCUACUAAAAUUGAAGAUUUAAUAUCAAUAGUGAAAAAGGAAUCAGACAGACAUUUGCCAGUGUUAAAUUUGAAGGACGAAGUGCUUUUCAACUCUUGGAUGGAUAUGUUCGACGGUUCCGGAGCUACGCUUGUAACAACGAACAUUUUUAGUUUUAGCGGUCAAAACGUUUUUAUUGACCCCCAUUGGCCAACAAAAGCAAUAUGGCACGGGAGCGACGCCAUAGGAAUUCGUUCGCCAGAAAACUCAUGUGAAGAGUGGGAAAGUAACAGCUCACAACAAUAUGGAGCUGCUUCUUCAUUGUUAAAGAGUAAACUUUUGGAUCAGGAAUCAUGGACGUGUGAUAACAAGUUAAUAGUACUAUGUGUUGAAGCCACUUCAACAGGACACAGACGUAGGAAACACAGACAUACACAACAUCGGUCUCAAAUAUACUCAAGACAGUAUAUGGCUCAGCGGCAGAAACAAAUACCGGAACAUUAACUAUAUUAAAACGUAGUAUUAUAGUUUUAAGAUAUUUGUAAAUAUUCCUUCUUUUUAGCAUCAUCAUCGUCAGGUUGUUUUACGAUAAAAAUGCAUUUUGUUUUUUCAUCAUUUUCUACUUCUUUUUUUAUUUAAAUCAUCGAUUUUUACACAAUCAUUUACUUAAGUUUCGUCUAUACUUAAUAAUUUAAGUAUUUAAUAUUACUUUACUUGAGUUAUUAAUUUAUUUUAAGUUUGCAUUUUUACUGUUAAGAAGUUAUUAGGGGCUAUGAUUUUUUUUACGAACGGACUAACAACUUCAAUGAGUCACUAAGUCAGUAAAUGUAAGAAACAACAAUUAUCAUAAGAGCUUUUGUAUUUAAAGUGAUAAAUAAUGUAAACAUUAAUUUAUGUAUUGUGCCAUAAACAAUGUACAUUUUAUUU